GAGAUCAGAUCAGAAGUAUCAGAAGUGGCACAGAUGUAGGAGUUAGGGAGACAAUGCACCGAGGUUUAUGAUCCCUUGUUUAUUUUUAUUUCUAACUGGGUGGUUGUAGAACGGGCUGAUGCAUAAUAUGAAAGAAUGAUUUGCAGAAAACAGGACCUUUAAUUUUAGCUUAAAAUAAUGUACGAAACUUUUCAGAAACUGCUUAACGCGUGAUUUAAUAUUGAGUGCCGUGGGUUAUACCAUUUCGUUUUACUAUGUAUAUUGCUAUAUUACUUGAAUUUGUGCGUCAUUAAUUCAUUUCGACGAGCAGAUCUCAUAUUUGCUUUAGCUCAUUUGUAAGCUGUGUAUUUAGCAAUGCAAAGGCAUAUAACCCACAGUAUGGCUCUUACGAUAAAUUUUAGCAGCCAAACGAAGAGCCCAAAGCGCCAAAUCGGAUUUCCUGUCCCCAGUGCCAUCUUUAUUAUAAGUUUGGUGAAGGACCAGAGGGUGAUAAGGAACUGAGUUAACUGAUUAACCCAAACAUAACCUUAUAAUAAAAUCAAACCUAACCGGAAUGAUGUACUGUGGAAUCAAAAAGAAAAGCCACACAAUGUGUGCAGUAGAGACCACAUGCACAUGGUUGUGCACCAUGUAUCUUAAACUCAGCUUCACACAGCCACCACCAUUCGAAUGUAAUAUGAAUAAGGAUGACAGUGCAUCCCUGAAGGAAUGAGUGUUUGACCAUAUCCUGUAGUAACACCAGUAAUCAUGUCAGAAGGCAGAAAGCUGUUAAAACAAGCCGCUAUGCAAGUUGGUGCUGGUGGCUCUGCAGGGUUUGUGGAGGUGUGCAUUAUGCACCCCCUUGAUUUGGUGAAGACAAGGUUCCAGAUCCAGAGUAAGAAAAUCAGUGUUCCAGGAGAUCCAAACUACUACACAGGCAUUGCUGACUGCAUGAAGAAAAUGUAUCAAAAUGAAGGAUUCUUUGCAUUCUGGAAGGGUGUAUUACCUCCUAUUCUAGUUGAAACUCCAAAACGGGCAGUUAAAUUUUUUACAUUUGAGCAGUACAAAAAGUUAUUCCUGUUCGGUUCAUCUGCACCAACACCACUGACUUUUUCACUGGCAGGCUUGGGUGCUGGAGUGACGGAGGCAAUCCUUGUCAAUCCUUUUGAAGUGGUAAAGGUGUCAUUGCAAGCCAAUCGUUCUCAUCUGAAAGAGGUCCCUAGCACAUGGACAGUCACAAAGCAGAUUGUGUCCACUCAGGGUAUUGGCUUCCAGGGCCUGAACAAAGGUGUGACGGCUACAAUUGCAAGAAAUGGAGUGUUCAACAUGAUUUACUUUGGAUUCUAUCAUUCUAUGAAAGGCUAUCUCCCAGAGUAUAAGGAUCCUGUGCAAGAAUUCUUCCGUAAGGUUGGCAUUGGUUUUGUAUCAGGUACAUUGGCAUCUUGUGUCAAUAUCCCAUUUGAUGUUGCAAAAAGUCGGAUUCAAGGACCACAACCAGUUGCAGGAGAAAUUAAAUAUAGGACUACAUUGAGCUCAAUGGCUAUUGUAUACAGAGAAGAAGGAUGGCGUGCUCUUUAUAAAGGUCUCCUACCCAAGGUCUUGCGUCUUGGACCAGGUGGUGCUAUCAUGCUGGUAGUGUAUGAUUAUAUGUACCACUAUCUGACUCUCAGAUUUCCAGACUAGAUGAGUCUGAUCUUCUCAUUUAUUGAAGUGUUAAGUAUGCCACCAAGUGCCUGUAACUUAGUUACUUGCAGAUUUGUUGCUUAUGUUGAACUUUAUAUAUUAUGUACAGUAUAGAUAGUUUAUAUGUUUUAUAAUAUUUUUAUGUAAAAAAUCAGACUGUUACCCCAGAAAAAAAUGGAUUCUAAUGAAAUGCUAUUCAUUUGUUGGUAAUAAAAUAACAUUUUCAUUGUAAU